UUAGUGGAAGCAGCACCUGGGCAAACAGCAACAAAGUAACCCGGAAAAAAACACCACACAAAAUGCUCAGUUUAGGGUCGGGAGGCGGAAAAACGGCAAAACCCUCUUUCGUGUCUUACGUUUCACCAGAGGAAAUUAAAAAGGAAAAUGUUAAUGAUGACCUGAAGCCACACUUAUUACCAGGGGAGCUUGUAAUCUGCGAAGCAAACACUGUGGUAAAAUACAGUCGAGAAGAUUCUUUACAACGGGGCUUUUAUGGAAAGCUUGUCUGUACAAAUUUUAAGAUUUCCUUUUUAAGUGCUGAGCAGUUGUUGGAUGAAGUGGAGCAAUCAUAUAAGAAUAAACUGAUGGGUGAAAAUGACAUAUCCUUGCAUUGCGUGGACCAAAUCUUUGGAGUGUAUGAUGAUAAAAAGAAGCCACUGCUGCCUGGUGCUGUAAAGAACAAAAUUCCUGAGAAGCUUCUACUUUACUGUAAAGACUUCCGGGUCUUUCACUUUGGGUUAAGAUACACUAAGGAAGAGGAUGCUAGAAGGCUGAUCCGGGGGAUAGUUCACCAUUGUUUGAAUCCAACAUCUUUAAAAUGUUUAUUUGCUUUCUCUUAUGUUGGUGCAGCAGGUGGUCUUAAAGUGGGUCCUGUAGGAAUAGAAGAGGAACCUCCGACCAUAAUGUUUGAAACUAAAAAUGACUGGAAAGUAGAGCUGGACCGCACUGGAGGUUUACUAACUUACAGAAUAAUUUCCAGCAAUGAAAAUUACAAAAUCAGCACCAGACUUCCACAGUUCUUUGCUGUUCCUUCAACUGUUGCUGAUGAUGACAUUAAGAAAUACAAAGGAAAAGGAAUUCCUCUUUGGUGCUGGUCUCACUCCAGUGGUUGUGCAUUGUUGAAGAUGGCAGCUCUCCCUGAAAUAGCUGACGACAGCACUUCUCAAAUGGACAAAAGUUGGAUUGACAGGCUGCCUCAACUUCUCGGAGAAAACCAUCCCUUGGAUCACACGAUCAGGACUGAGAUCCUUUCAGCCACUCUCCCAACUCUGCAAGAAAUACAGGCUUCAUACAACAGAUUUAAGCAGCUGUUCUUGCCGGAUAAUGCUGCUGAAUUCUGGGAGUCUGACAUUAAAUGGCUGUCUGUUUUAGAGAAUACAAACUGGCUAGAAGUCAUCAGACAAUGUCUGAAGAAAGCCUUGGAUAUUGUUGAAUGCCUGGAACAAAGAAACACAUCUGUGGUGCUUGUGGAAGAAAAUUGCUCUGAUUUGUGCUGUCUAAUAGCUAGUCUGGUCCAGGUGAUCAUAGACCCACAUUUUAGAACAUUAUCUGGCUUCCAGAGCUUAAUUCAGAAGGAGUGGGUGAUGGGCUGCCAUUGUUUUCUGGAUCGAUGUAAUCUUCUGCGAAGCAAUGAUAAAGAGGCACCAGUAUUUCUUCUCUUCCUGGAAUGCGUGUGGCAGUUACUUCAGCAAUAUCCACCAGCCUUUGAGUUUACAGAGACCUACGUGACUAUAUUGUCAGACAGCAUGUUCAUCCCUAUCUUUAGCACCUUCCUGUUCAAUUCACCAUGGCAAAGGGAUAAUAACCAAAUGCUUGAUGAAGAUCGGCGAAUGGUAAGCAGGUCAUUGAAACUUCCCAGUGUUUGGGAAUGGUCUGUUCAGUUUGAGAACUCUGUUCAAGCGCUCUUUUAUAAUCCGCUUUACAUUGGAAAGCCAAAAAUGGAUAAUAGAAGAACCCAACGUGUUAAGGACCCUGCACUGAACUGCUUGGAGAUUGUUCAGGAAAAUUUUCUGGAUAUACCAGAGCCACAACGCCAGAUGUCUCUGCCAUCAAGUCCAUCUUAUCACAGUAGGCCUUCACCCAGAAAAGGGUUUUUCAGGGAGGAGACGGAUCACUUAAUAAAGACUUUUCUAGGUAAAAAGAUAAGCAGGUGGACACUCACAGCUGAAGACCAUUCAGUUGGCUACAAACUGUUCUAUGAAAAUUGGCGCAGUAAACCAAUUGAUCACCACGGACUGCUCCUUCCCUUGCAUGAUGGUCCUGCUUUAAGAAUCUGGGGCCAGCGAUACCUGCGUUGGAUUCCAGAGGUUCAAAUACCAGGUGGUGGUUCAAUAACCGCUCUGAACAAAGCCUGUGAAAUUAUAGAUGAGAUAAAAACUUUACAGACAAAAGUAUCACAGAGGAUACUCAAAAGGCAACCAAGUUCUCCAAACAUUGAUAUCUUCACACCAUUUCAUGAGAGCAGCCGUCUUUCUUCAACUUUUCCAUUUGGUACAUUACGUCGGCAAUCUAUAAAGCCCCGCAUUCCAGUCUCAACAAAUCUCUCAAUGAGCUUUGGAUCAAUGGAGAACUUGCCAGAUGACGAGGAAGAUCUAGUACACUGGAAAAAUAACAACUUUGCAUGGAAACAUUCAAACUUGCAUGAACAACAUCUACCUUUUGGAGAGCUUUCCAUGUAUCUGGAUAAACUGAAAUAUGAAGAAUUUUUGGUUGCAAUAUCUUCUAUCUUUCAGUUGAAUCCACUGAAUAUGCAUAGUUUGAGCUUGUAUAAAUGCAAAUAAAGUGGUCUACAAUCAGAAAAUCACUUUUAUAAUCAACAAGUGAGUCAUCUUUUUUAUAUAAACUGUAGCUGGAUUAUGUCACUACUUUUUAUAGGUUGAAUGAAUUUAGUAUACUGACCAUAUAAUGCACCAAAAAGUUAUCAUUCAAUUCUUUUUAGGGUUUCAGGUGUGCUUAUACAAUAGACAUGCAUGGAGGAAAUGGGUUAACAGGAGUUCAUCUGUGUUUAUUCAACUUUGUCAAUAUAUUACAAUACCUGGAAAAAAAUGAAAAUUAGAUAGCUGUCUUGUUUUUAUUUCUCGAAGAAAACACAUGUAUACAGACUAGAGAACCAAGAACAUCUUGCUUUUCUUUAGAAAUGGAGGGCAUCUGAGAGUAACCUCUCCCCUCCAUUAUGUAUUUACGGAAAGUAUAAUAAUCCUUUUGCCUUUUUAAAAACUCUCAUCUAUUUCAGUUGAACUAUAUCACAUAAAAACCUGUUGUUUAUAUACAACAAAAGUUUUUUUUGGAUAGGCAAUAUGAUUGGUGUCUCAUUGGUUGUGAGGUAUAUGGUAGUUCUCAAUGUGCAACUUCUAUGUUUCCAUACAUUGAUCAAUCUUUGACUUUUUCAAUCUUUUUAAAAUUGAGGUUUUGACUACUGAAUUGAUUAUGAACAGCCUUAACUAUACUGUAUGAUACUGUAAAUUAUUUCAAAUUGCUUCACUGUGCCUUGUUAAUAUAACUGAGUGACAAAAUUGUAAUUUAAGCACACUGCAAAGUGAAUUGUACUUUUUUAUAUUGUGGCAUUGAUAUCAGAACUAAAUGUAUAUAAUGGGUGUUACCAUAUCUAGUGUAUUUUGGUGGAAACUUACAGUGUCUUUGCUACCAUAUUCAUUUUAAUCUUUGGCCCUGUUGCUAUUCAAAGAUUGUUGCCAAUGUUUUCCCAAUUAAAGCAUAAAAUUCAA